UUUUUUUUGCCUCUCUGUUGACCCUAAGUUAUUGACUACUGCUUUAUGAGCCCCGCCUGUGUAUUUGAACUGAUUAUACCUGGCUAGAAUGAUAAUAUUUGCCUGCCUUUCUUUCCCUUCUCUCAUUUUUCCCUUCUUGCUUUCUACCAUUGCGUGGGAUGUUCCUGUCUUCCAUCAUAUGUUAGUUCUAUUUGUUUACCGUUUUUCGUGUCUUUGUCUAGAUUGAUCAAAUCUAUACUAAGCCUCUCUCCACUGAUCCGCUUUUCAUGACGGGAUCUUGGCUAUUCUAAAACAGCAAAUCCCUUGAAGUGUCAUAUGAGGAACGUGGCCAUUGGGCAUCAACAAGCGCUGUUUGCAUAGGCUUAUUUCCAUACUUUGGGUGUGGUUGCCAGGAUCUUGUGCAGUGUCAACAGAUCCAGGGCAGCAAAUACUCAUUCGAUACGUCUCUGUACCAUACAUUCUAUUGGACACCCGCCUGUCUUCACGAUGUACUAUGUUUUAUACCUUGCGAGUCUCUGUCGACGCCGCCGCUGGCCGGAGCCCCAGUUUGAGGCCUAUGAAGGCCCUACCGGGUAUACCUGCAUUGUUCGCGUCAAUAAUCGGGAAUACCAGACGGACACUGUUUACCAAAACGAAACACUGGCUCGAGAGAACGCCGCAAUGCGAGCAUACCUCAUCUGUCGGAAUUUUUCCGUCAACGAUGGCAUGUAUCCAGCUGGACAUGACCACGGAGGAGUUGUCCAGGGGAUGCCUGUGGCGAUAGGUACUGGCCGAAAGACUCGCUAUGAUGAUACCGAUACCUCGACCAGUGGAGGAAGCAGAAGCGGAGGGAGCAGUCCCGAAAGCUACGAGGGAGGACGGUUCAGUCAGGAAAGACCCGUUGUGCCAUCGAGGGCCCUCGCAUUUAGCAGCCGUGGAAUGUAGUCGUCCCUGCUGUCCUCAGAAUAUUGUGAUCAAGCGGAACUCGACGUGCAAAGCAAAAAAAAAAAAAAAAUACGUGGACUCUAACGACUUUAUGACUUAUGACAUGACUUGAAUAUCCAGAUAGAUCGAAGUGCUUGUUCUCAAUUGAAGCGUGUGUGACCUUAGUCGAAAAUCAGCCCAUUGACAGAUAUACCCUCGUGUGCUACCAGGCUUACAAAAUUCCUGGGUGUGGAUAUAAGAUUGAGUGUGCAUUACUGUAUUGAGCUGUCCAGCGUUUUUUGACUUGUGCAAGUGGUGG